CUGCCUUCAUUCGGGAAUCAUUCCAUUCGUAGGAAGAACUGCGUUUUAAAAAGCAUUAAUUGAUGUGUGCAACGUGCAUCCAGUGUUACAAGGAAUUUUGUCGUCUUAUUUGCUUUUACCCUGUCUACCUUGUGUGCAUUAUCUUGUUGGUUUUAAUGAUCUACUCACAUUCUCAUUCAUACUAAGGUUCGUUCCAUAUCACUAACCAGUGGGACUCCGUGGGAAUAGUCUUGGCAGCCCCAAGCAGCGGCAGCAUGUGCCAAUUUCGGAGCUUGUCCUUAGCUACAGCCAUGGUGGAUGUGCAUGCCGAUGUGGAUAAGUCAUAUUGGCGAGGAGGCCGAGAUUCAAGUAUUAGUAGUGACCGCCUCCUUCCGCGGUUAUCCCAUCGUUUUUUAGUUCCUAUAUCAUUCCAAUUCUUUUCUGAACCACUUUCCACUGCGAACCGCAAUUAUGCCAGCAUUCGCAAAAUUUAGGCCUAGAUACCGUCGAAAGGCUACCGAGGAUAUAAUCAAUGAAAGUUCAGAAGUAGCUAUGGCUGAUAUGCCGUCUUCGAAUGAAAAGAAUCCUACAGUUAGUGGUACUGACGACGCUCUCUCUCCAAGCAAUGCCAGUGAUGGACCAAUAUCAGAGCAAGUCGAGAAGGAUGUUUUACCGACCGAAACUGCACAACGUGGUGUUCAAGAAGUCGAGGCAGUGGCUUUGACAUGGACUAAACCAUACCUUGUCAGCGUUUUCAUGCUGUAAGUUGACACUUAUCGCUGUCGUGGGUUCGGACGUAGCAACUAAACUAUUCAAUGACAGCAUGUGGUUACUUUACUUUGUUAAUGCUAUGCAAUCUUCAAUCUGCUACAAUCUUAUCCCGUUCGCCACGAGUGCAUUUCAAUCGCAUUCUUCGAUCACCGUCAUCAACAUUGUUGCCAAUGCUAUGACAGCCGCAAUUUACAUUCCGCUUGCGAAAAUGUUAGAUCUGUGGGGUCGUGCCGAGGGAUUCCUUCUUAUGGUGUUGUUUUCCACUAUCGGUUUGAUCAUGAUGGCUGCUUGCAAUGGCAUCGCUACCUUCUGUGCUGCACAGGUACGUGCCAUCUUGUUGGACUGGUUCUUGCGUCUCUUAAAAUACUAAUAACCAUUUUCUAGGUGUUUUACUCUAUCGGCUUUGGAGGUCUGAUCUAUAGUAUUGAUGUCAUUACCGCUGAUGUUUCGAAGUUGAAGAAUCGAGGCCUUGCAUACGCUUUCACUUCUUCACCAUACAUUAUUACAGCAUUUGCGGGACCUAAAGUUUCUGAUGAUUAUUACUACAACAUCAGCUGGAGAUGGGGAUUUGGAACUUUUGCUAUCAUCUUGCCAUUCGUAGCAGCGCCUUUGUACUUCAUUUUGAAGAUGAAUCUCAAAAAGGCAGAGAACAAAGGUGUUCUGAUUAGAGAGAGCAGUGGUCGAACCCUUACAGAAAACAUCUGGCAUUACUUGGUAGAAUUUGAUGGUGAGUCAUGCUUCUUCCACCAAUCUUUACAUAUGACAUUAUUCUGAUAAUCGAAUAGCCUUUGGUGUUCUGCUCUUUGCUGGAGGUUUCACCGUAUUCCUGCUGCCAUUCACUCUUGCUGAUACUGCGCCAAACGGUUGGCGAACGGACUACAUUAUUGCUAUGAUCGUCGUUGGAUUCGUGGUUCUCGUCAUCUUUGCACUUUACGAAGUAUUCCUCGCCAGAGCACCUUUCCUGAAUGUCAACCUCUUAGCAAAUCGAACCGUCAUUGGCGCCUGUCUGCUAGAUUUGACGUAUCAAAUUUCUUACUACUGCUGGAACAGCUACUUCACCUCUUUCCUACAAGUUGUUAACAACUUAACCUUGGCGGAAGCUGGAUAUGUUAGCGAUACAUUCGACGUUGUUUCUGGUAUCCUCCUCAUCGGUGUUGGGUUGUUAAUUCGCAAGACCGGAUACUUCAAGUGGCUUCUGUAUAUUGCAGUACCAAUAUACGUCUUCGCUCAGGGUCUAAUGAUUUACUUCCGUCAACCUCAUCAGAGCAUUGGUUACAUUGUUAUGUGUCAAAUUUUCAUCUCGAUCGGUGGAAGUGUGUUCAUUAUUGUCGAACAACUCGCAGUCCUUGCCGCUUCGGAUCAUCAACACGUUGCCGCUAUUCUCGCAUUACUUUACGUCGUUGGAAAUAUCGGUGGCGCCAUCGGAAACACCAUUUGCGGUGCCAUCUGGACAAACACGUUUCCACAAGCUUUGGAGAGAUAUCUUCCUGAAUCAGCCAUGGCAGAUUUCGACAAUAUUUAUGGUGAUCUCGCCACUCAACUCAGUUAUCCAGUGGGAAGCGAGACGCGAAUUGCCAUUCAGCAUGCAUAUGGAUAUGCACAGGAGAGAAUGCUUAUUGCAGGAACCGUUAUUAUUGGACUAGCCUUUGUUUGGGUUAUGAUGAUCAAAAAUAUCAAUGUUGCCCAAAAGACUCAAGUCAAGGGUACGGUAUUCUAGAUGUGGAAUUCAGUUUACAGUCGUAUAAUUUUAAAUGCCAUGUAGAAC